AAAUCGGGAUUACAAUUCCAAGCUGCCGCUGUGCGGUUGCGGUCGCUCCCCUCCCGACUCCGGCCAGAAGCAGCGACGGUCACGGCAGUCGGUUACUCCACUCGGCGGCGGCGGUGGCGGCGGCGGCGGCAGCGGCAGCGGCAGCGGCAGCCCAUCCUUUCCCGUUUUCUCCUCCAGUCCUACUGCUCUUCUGAAGUUCUGAUACACUAUAACGAAUGUUUUGCUUGAGGAGCUACUGGUCGCCUGCAUUUGCUUCAAUAAAGGAUGGGCCUGUUCGACAUCAGAUAAAGUUUAAUUCUGUAGUGGUUUGUGGUGUCAGGGGUCCAAGACCGAGAUAUCCCCGUGUGUGGAAAACUCAGAAGAAAAUUGGGACUAUUUCCAAGUCACAGAAGCUUGUUGAAUGUAUUAAAGGUCUGUCUAAUGUAAAGGAGGAAGUUUAUGGAGCACUUGACUCAUUUGUUGCAUGGGAACUGGAGUUUCCCUUGAUAGUAGUAAAGAAGGCACUGCAGAAACUUGAGGGCGAAAAGGAAUGGAAACGAAUAAUUCAGGUCAUUAAAUGGAUGUUCAACAAAGGUCAAGGGAAGACAAUGGGAAGCUAUUACACCUUGUUGAAUGCUUUGAUCGAGGAUGGCCGGAUUGAGGAAGCAGAAGAGUUAUUUGGAAUGGUAUUCUCACGAUAUAUGGAGGGUUUGCCUCGUACAUUUUUCAUGAGAAUGAUUUCUUUCUAUUACAGUGUGGGAGCGUAUGAUAAGAUGUUUGAGAUUUUUGCUGAUAUGGAGGAACUAGGUGUAAGACCUGAUGGUUCUAUUAUCAGGAUGCUAGGUGAUGUAUUUCAGAAGUUAGAGAUGAUGGACAAAUAUGAAAAGUUAAAAAAGAAAUACCCACCACCAAAAUGGGAAUAUCGAUACAUCAAAGGCAAGCGCAUCAGAAUGAGAGUUUACCCCGAUAAUAAAACUGAAGAGGCGACAAAAGGAGACCCUGACACCGAUGAACUCGAAGAGGUGGAAAGUAUGCACCUUAAUAAUGAAUUGGAAGAAGCAACAAGCUCAGGCCCUGACAGGAGCGUAUUGGAUGAUGUAGCUUCUGGAGACCUUGGAUAUAUAUAGAUCAGAGCUUCCAUUUGGUAUUUUUUGUGCCUGCUUGAUCAAAGCAGACUAGAGCAAACUGAACUGUUGUGCUGCAGAUUGAGAUUUUGGUGUAGCCAAUUUCUGCCAUUAGGAAAUAAGAGAUCAACUUUCGGGUUUCCAGCAGGGGCAUAUUCUGUCAAAUGAUCUGGUAAUCCUAUUCCAUGGGUACCUGUAUCUGACUGCUUUCGUGAACAUAUGGUUGAUUUUUUAAGGCAAUAUCCUUCAUGAACAUAUGGUUGAUUUUUGAAGGCAAUAUCCUUCAUGAACAUAUGGUUGAUUGUUGAAGGCAAUAUCCUUCGUGAACAUAUGGUUGACUGUUGAAGUCAGUAUCCUGGACAUCAGACAGGGCAGACCAUUAUAUCAUCCGUAUGGUCCUAUAUUGUACUGCAUGGAAAGACUUGUGUUAUGUGCGCUACUCAUCCUAGAAUGUAGAGGCAAAAACCUUCACAGAUACUACUAGCUGAACUAUUUUGCUGGGCACUUCAGAGUCAUUUUUUGCAGCUCCGGCUCUAGACCCAAAAAUACUCUGGCUUCUCUGCUAUUUAAAUGGCUCUUCUUUCUAAA